CAGUCCUCUGAAGGCCUCUAACGGGCGGCCUAGCACUCCCCAGACGCCAUCAAAAUUGAAGCAAAAUUCUCUGAAGCCAAGCGAUCUUAGAACAUCACACACUCAGCAUACCCGGGCCUUAGACUGUUUCAACAUGUCCCAAACGUUGGAGUAUCCGCAGCUAGGCGGCGAAUACUGCGAGCUUUCCCCCAUGUCCGAUAUUAGUGACCGCACAGAGCGACCGCGGACGUACGAGCCCUCUAGCCCAUCGGAGAUCCUAAGGAGCUCUCGCCACAUGGACCUGAUAGACGAUGACGGUGAGCCUCUCGCCCCCACCUAUUACAGACCACCUGAAUACAACUGCCACCCAGCAGGCUCCUCAGGCUCUUCCCCAUCCCCCACGACGCCAUGCACGCCCAUGCAGCACGCCGGUUACAGCGGGCAAAGGCCGCUCAUGCUUAAGCCACCCGUGACAUGCCCACCUAUCACGCCAUCGAGGUCGCGGAGCACAAUCUCCCCAUCGGUGGUGCCAGCUGCGGCGUACGCGGCGUACUUCGAAAUUCUCGCGUCAGGCAACCGCCGCCAGUACGGCCGGGCACAGGAGAUGGGGUACGCCCUCUUCCCCGGCUCGACGCCGCCGAACACGCCGUCGAAGGCUGUGUCUGCGCGGACGAAGCCACGGAAGCUCUUGCCACUGAGCCUGUACGGAGACGCGAGAUCCGACGCCGUGACGGUGCCGGAUGAGAGUGAUGAUGAGGUUCACCAUGUGGACGUCGAGUAUCGGGACGAGGCACGGGGUGUGGAAGAAGAGUUGCGCACUGAUAGCUUCUGGAUGGAAGACGCUAUCUUGUCACAAGAGGAAAUUUUCCACUAUGAGGAGGGCAUAAGGGAGCAGGACAGCGUGGAGUAUAAUUUAGUUCUUUGUCGAGCCAUACGUGAGCUGCUCACCGCCCGUCCCAGUAUCCGUGCCUCAAGUUCGCAUCCGAGCAGCUGCGAUGUUAGCGAUGGGGAGGAGCGAGAGGAGCAGGGGCGCCAUGACACGGGGUGCGCAGUGGGAAGAGGUGAAGCGAAGGCUUGGCAAGACGAGGUGAUGGCUCAGGGUACUAGUCUCGGCGAGGCCGCGUUUGCAAGACCCAGAAGGAUGAAGGUGCACAGGUUCUGAGACGAGAGGUGGUGAGUGUAUGGACUUUCUUCGCGGUUCAGCAUAUGGAUCUGAAAGGUAGAAUUUGAAC